CUCCCGUGGCUCCUCUUUAUUUCGCCAUUGAUGCGCAAAUUUUACUGCUUUCUUCUUCUUCACUAUGAAAGAAACUAAGAUAAUCACGAACAAGUUUGUAAAAUCGGAGUUUCUCAAUGGAGCUCCGAGGAUUGUUCGGAUCAGUGUCACCGAUCACUACGCGACUGACACCUCAAGCGGCGAUGACGAAGAUGAACGCUUCCAACCCAGAAGAACGAGGAGGCUCGUUAACGAAAUCAGAAUUGAGAAAUGCUCCAAUUUCUCAGCGAACAGCGAGGCUCAUGGAGGAGGUACGAAUACCUCUUCUUCCAAGCAGAGGUACAGGAACAACUCCGGUAAGGCCCUACCUGAAAAGUCCAACCAGGUCGAGCGGAAGGUCAAGAAGUACCGCGGUGUUCGACUGCGUCCCUGGGGCAGGUGGUCGGCGGAGAUCAGAGAUCCGACGAGUAGGCAAAGGCUGUGGCUGGGCACUUUCGACACGGCGGAAGAGGCUGCCAUGUCGUACGACAGGGCAGCUAUCCGUAUUAAAGGUCCGAAUGCCACCACAAAUAUUCUCCAACCACCGCUUGAAACUGCCGAACCCGUCGAGGAAUCCGAAUCAACCUCAAUGAACAACACUGUCUUGAUUAAAGAGCCUCGUGCCUCUUCCCCAACCUCUGUCCUGAGGUUUCAGCCUCUAGAAGAACCCAAAACAGAGCCCAGAGAAGCAGAAGCAGAGUCAUAUUUUCGAGACAGUAAUUUAUUGUUCUUAGAUUCUCCAUUUUCUACCCGAUAUUCAGAGUGUGAAGCCCCUCUCCCAAUGUUCUUCGACCAGUUCACAUCAAAUGAUAACUUAAAUUUCAGAGACAGUCCAUUCCAUCUUGAUCAAGAUUUUGAAUCCUGUAAAUGGGACGUAGACAGCUACUUUCAAGAGCAAGACAGUGCUGAGAACUGGGUCUGAGACGGACAACUAAAUCAUCAUCCGAAGGCGAAGUUAACAGGGGAGGAUUGAACAGCGAUGAACUAGACUGAAGUUCGAUGUUUUUCUGCAGUGUGUAAAGAAAAUGAGCAUGGUGCGAUGAGUUUUUUUUUUUUAAAUUUGGAAAUUAAUUUUUGUUCUGUAAGAAAAAGUUUUGGUGUUAAUGUAUUUUGAUUUGGAAGGUACGGUUUUGUAAUUGGGGGCUUUUUGUUAAGUAAAGUGAUUAGCAAUUUUGAUGUUAAUGCAAUGAAUGGAGAUCGGAAAAAG